UGCGUGGUGGCAAAGGGCGAGUCUUGAUCCCCCUCACUCCCCAAGAAGAAGCUACGUGCCCUGGUGCCUCCGUGGAAGCUUUUCUCAACAGUACCCUCACCACCCGCCUCCUCCCUGCCCUCUACUCUGUGGUCGUGCUCGUGGGGCUACCGGCCAAUGCUCUGGCUUGCUGGGUCCUGGUGACUAACUUCAGGAGAUGUUCCAGCACACUCUUCCUGCUCAACCUGGCCAGUGCUGACCUGCUCUUCGUCCUAGUGCUGCCCUUUAAGAUCUCCUACCACCUCUUGGGCAAUCACUGGCUCUUUGGGGAGUACCCAUGCCGAGCCAUGGUGGCCCUCUUCUACGGGAACAUGUACAGCUCCAUCCUCUUCCUGACUUGCAUUGGCCUGGAGCGCUACAUCUCUGUGAUGCACCCAUUCCUGAGGAAGGGCUCCAGUUGGACAGGGGGCAAAGUGGGUGUCUGUGUGGGCGUCUGGCUGGUGGUGGGGCUAGGCAUGACCCCUCUGCUUUUGAGCACCCAGACAAGUCAUAUCUCGAGCCUGAACAUCACAACGUGCCAUGAUUUCCUAGAAAAGAAAGAUCACGUGUACCUCAUCAAGUAUUUCCUCUCCCUGGUGGGGCUGGGCUUUGGCUUGCCCUUUGUGCUCAUGACCAUCUCCUACAGCUGCAUCCUAGCACGGCUGCUGGCCAAGGGGAGACGCUAUGGGCAGGUGGUGCGUGUCCUGGCCCUGGUCCUCCUGGUCUUCAUCUUCUGCUUCACCCCCAGCAACGUGCUGCUCUUCAUCCACUACGGGCUGGAGGACACGGGGUGCAACAAUACCACCUACAUUUUGUACACCCUGGCCCUGGUGCUCGGUGCCUUCAACAACUGCUUCGAUCCCUUUGUCUACUUCUACGUCUCCCAGGAUUUUCGGGGCUGGGUCAGGGAUGCAGGCAGCUGCUGCCUGGGGGCUCUUGAGACCUUGGUGGGGAGGGCCUCGGAGAAGGCAGUCUUGCCCCUGAGGUCCAGCGAGCAGAGCCAGCUGUAG